AAUCAAACCUCCAGCAUAGCACAUUAAUAUAUAUAUAGACACUUAGAAAAUGGUUUCAGUUCGUAAGAGAAAAAUGGCACGUUCUUCUGUCCGUAAAAACACCAGAAGAACUAAGAAUAAGCAACGUAAUAUAAACAUACAUUCCAACCCUAUAAUUGCUGCUAAUUGGGAUAAAUCAUUAACUUUACAACAAAAUUAUAAAAGAUUAGGGUUGAGGGCCAAAUUGGGAAGCUUAGCUGGUGGUGUUGAGCAACUGGUUGAAAGCUUGACCGAAAUUAGAGAAAAGAGGGAUAAAAAUGAACAAGAGACGAACGAAGUGGAAGACACUGAUGAUCCAGCCAAAAUCCCAGUUGGCCAAGCCAAGAUUAUUCGUGAUGAAACUACAAAUGAAGUGAUCAAGGUUAUCUACGGAGAAAAGAAGGCUGAAGAUAAACUAGCAACUGCUGAAGAAUCAGAAGUCGUUAAGCAAUUACAAGAAUAUGGUAAAAAGCACAGUCAGAUCAAGAAAGUCAGACACCAAUCCUCAAGAGAAGACGAAUGGUUAAGAAGUUUGUACGAGAAGUAUGGUGAUGAUUACGAAAAAAUGAAAUGGGAUAAGAAGCUUAACAUAUAUCAACAAACCGCAGGUGAUCUCAAGAGAAGAAUCAACAAGUGGAAGAAAGCUAAUGAUAUAAAUUAAAUUCUAUAGUCUAUAAAUAUAAACGGUCUAGAUUCUACUGGGUAAAUUUUUUUGUAAAAUCUUUCCUAUAAUCUCAUUCAUAAUUGGUUUCAACAGGCAUUUGUCGUAUAACUCGACAAGUGACUUGCCCUUGGUGUUGUUAUCUUGUAACUCGAUAAGUUCAACGAACAGAGGAUCAAUAGGGAUGUUACCCAAGUAAGGCAACGCCAAACUCUCACUCAAUUGUUUCCCUCCUCCCGACAGGAAUAUAUUGGUGCAUUCGGCACAAUAAGGACAUAUGAAUCCCGACAUAUUCUCCACUAUCCCCAACACUUCAAAAUUGACUUUAUUACAAAAGUUAAUUUCCUUUCUCACGUCUGCAGUUGAUACUUGUUGUGGUGUAGUUACAAUGAUGGCUCCAUCGGGGUUAGCCCAUCUUAAUUCUUCAGCUAUAGCGAUAUGCUCAUCUGAAGUACCUGGUGGAGUAUCAAUAAGCAAAUAGUCCAAUGGUUCACUCUCACUUCCCCAACACACAUCUUGUAAAAACUGUUUAAUCAUGGCAGUUUUCUUUGGUCCACGCCACACGACAGAGUUAUUCCGAUUCGAUAUAAGAAAUCCUAGUGACAUAAGAUAUAACUUAGGGCAUACUUGUACCGGGAUCCAUCCGUUAGUUGAUUGAUGCACUUGCCUUUCUUCAACUCCAAACAUUCGCGGAAGAGAGGGCCCGGUCAAGUCAAUAUCCAAUACUCCUACACUGUAACCUUGUGCAUGUAAAGUAAGGGCUGUCUGGGUAGUUACAGAGGAUUUUCCAACACCUCCUUUCCCCGAGAGGAUUAACACGAUAUGUUUGACGUGAUUUAACGAUUUAGGUGGAGCUUCCAUGAUUGUUGCAGCAAACUAGAUU